GCCACCGAACCGAGUCGCCGGCCGAGGCUGCUUCCGGCCAAACCCGUUGGGGGCUUCGCGCCUUGGCGUCAUCCUGUCAGGCCUGUUUCUCUUGAGGGGUCAACUCAUCGGGAAAGCGAGCACGCGUUCAGAAACCUUAAAAACCUGGGGAGGAAAAAGGAGACCAAACAAGAGGCCCUUUCUGCUCGCAAUGCCCUCAAAACGUUUGUUUUUGGAAUGAAGCAGAAGGAAAUCCUCUGAACUUUCAGCUAACAACCAAGCUCUGACCUGAGUGACCUCUCUGUCUCUGUCUCUCUCUGAGGCCAAAACAAACACUUGUGACUUCGUGAAGAAAUCAAGCACUUGUGACUUGUCAAUGAGCUUAACCUGUAUAUAUAGAAGCAAGACGUGGCACCGCCCACCGCCCAGCUAGCAGGAAGCGACAUGACCCCCGAUGCGGCCUUCGCGCUGGAGAUCGCCGUGGUGUCCGGCCUGGUGGUGCUCAUCGUCGCCAUCGUCGUGGCCUCCUCGGGCGCCUGCCGCGACCCUGCGGCCGGCUCGGGGCGCGCCGCCGCGGUGCACGACGUCGAGCGCGCGCUCGGGACCGACACGCUCGUGACGUACGACCAGGCGAGGGCGGCCCUUAAGGGCAGGAGGGCGUCGGCGGAGGGGGAGGAGGAGGCGCCGCCGUCCUGCGCCCUCUGCCUGUCGGAGUACGCCGGGGGCGACGAGCUGGUGCGGGUGCUGCCGGCGUGCGGGCACUUCUUCCACGCGGAGUGCGGCAUCGACUGGUGGCUCCGGAGGCGCGGGACGUGCCCGUACUGUCGAGCCGAGCUGCGGCCGCUGCCGAGGCCGCCGCGCCCGGAGUGCCCGCCGAUGCCGCCGCGAGCGGGCGGCGCCACGGUGGGCUGGUAGUACUGUAGUAGUGGGUGAAUUUUGAUCGGCUGGUAGGAUUUCUGCAGCGGAGACGGAGACAGUGAACUGGCGUACUUCGAAGUUCGAAAUUUUGUAUGUGAGCAUUUUCCCUAAAAAAUUAUAUGUACGACUUUUCGUUAAAACAAGAAUCUAUGUAGGCCUUUUCGUUAAAAA